AGUCCUCCAGCCUCCGAGUACUGGUCAGUCAACGGGGAGUGAGUGUGAGAGACUGUCACCUGAUCGUAUGUUGAGAGAUGAUGACAGUGAGGGGCAACUAGUGGGGAUACAGUCCCCUCUCUGCUGGAGGUGAAGCACAGACUGGGAAAGAGUCAUUUCAUUUUCAAUCUGUGAAGAAGUAAAACUUUAAUGAACUGUGUCUAGGUGUGACUUUGAUGACAAAAAAAUGGAAUGCUUUGUCAACACUCCUGAAGUUUUAAGAGGAAUGUGUUAAAUGGACGUUGCAGUUGAAGAAAUUUGACAAUGAUGUGAGAACUUGUGGUGGUCUUCAUUCCAGGUCUGACUGGGACAUUGCCGAUUUCCGAGUUGACGUAGAAGCUGACCAAGUCUUUCACAAUGAAUAUGAAUAUCAGCAACGAAUCCCUUGUGGCAUCCAUGCUGGAACACAUUACCUAUGACUACAUCGGUCCAGCCAUCUGCGUGUUCGGGAUCCUCUGCAACAUCCUCAACCUUCUAAUUCUCACAGAGCAUUACCUAAAAGAGUCUCCUUACUCUUAUCUCACUGCAAUGGCAUGUGUUGACUUAGGUGCUUUGGCCUUGACCUUCAUAUACUUUGUGUUCGCUCGUAACCAGCCAUUCAGUUACUACUGGCGUUUUUUUGAGGCCCACUUGUACUACCCUCUUGUAAAUAUCUGUUCCAAUUCCAGUGUCUGGUUGAUUGUCAUGCUCACUAUCGAACGAUUCCUGUUUGUCUGUUACCCGAUCUGGGCCAAAAUAUACUGUAACCGAACUGGCGCCAAUGUGAAAAUUGCCAUCAUUAUUACCUGCGUCGGCAUCAUAAACAUUCCAAGAUUCCUGGCUUUCCGUGUGGAAUAUAGGUACAACCCCGACGACCCGAAGUACUACCUGUUUUCCACCGACUUUAGAAAGACUCAGUUAUUUACCAUCAUCAACUGGUUCUACAGCAUCAUCAUUAACUUCAUCCCCCUCACCGUGCUCUGCAUCUCCAACGUCUACCUGGUAUACGCCGUGCAGCGAGCGCGGCGCCAGCGCCAGGUUCUCCAUAUCCGAAACAACAAAGAAGCCACAUGGAACCGAGAACAAAUGCGACUCACGAUAACCCUCAUCAGCAUCGUGUGUCUGUUCAUCAUCUGCGUCAUGCCAUCUGCUUUCGCUGACCGUCCAAGUGCAUACGCUCUUUUUGGUAAUGGACGUCCCAUAGCUGAAUUCCUGCGGUCCACAUCAUACAGGAUCCUUCAGAUCGUCUCUAAUGUCCUCAUCUGCUGCAACCUGUCACUUAACUUCGUCCUAUACUGUGCAUUCAAUGACAAGUUUGUGCGAGUAUUCAAAAUGAUGCUGAAUCGAUGGCGAAAGUCGUUACGGACACGUUCUCGUGGCAAACAGUUUCAGAAGGUACGAGUGAAGAAGACAGCUCUUAAUGGGAACAUUUCCUUGUCCAGCAGCGCCAUCAGCAGCCAGAGUUUGUCUCAGCCAUCUCGCAUGACCACAAUGGCGUAAACAGUCAAGUCAACGAUUACCAUUCAUGAUGACAAUGGCAUGAAACAUCUAACUGAACAAUUACUGACAACAGCAUGAAACAGACACUGUUUAUGUGAACAAUUACCAUUUAAGACGACAAUGGGUUUGAAACAUCUAAGUGAACAUUUACCAUUCAUGAUGACAAUGGCAUGAAACAUCAAAGUGAACAAUUACCAUUAUGAUGACAAUGGCAUGAAACAUCACAGUGAACAAUUACCAUUAUGAUGACAAUGGCAUGAAACAUCCGAGUAAACAAUUACCAUUAUAUGACAAUGACAUGAAACAACAAAGUGAACAAUUACCAUUUAUGAUGACAAUGAUAUGAAACAUCAAAGUGAACAAUUACCAUUUAUGAUGACAAUGACAUAAAACAUCCGAGUAAACAAUUACCAUUUAUGAUGACAAUGACAUAAAACAUCAAAGUGAACAAUUACCAUUCAUGAUGACAAUGACAUAAAACAUCCGAGUAAACAAUUACCAUUUAUGAUGACAAUGAUAUGACUAGACUAGCAUCUAACAGUCAUGACAACAGUGGAGUGAAACAGUCGAUACUACAUGACCAUGUUUCAGUCACGAUUCAGCAGGUCAUUUAUGUGAACAGGUGAUAAUCCUUAAUGUGAAUAUGACAGGUACCUUUGAAAUUCUUGGUUAGAAUUUGUCUUCAAUGCUUGUUAUAAGAGGCGACUCAGGUGGCCAGGUGGUCAGGCUUAGUGACUUGGUUGAUCCAUGUCAUUGUAGCCCAGAUCGCUGCACAUGAUGUAAAUCACUGGAUAGUCUGGUCCAAAGUCAAUUUUUUUACAGUCUGUCACCACAUAGCUGGAAUAUUGCUAAGUUUGGCAUUAAAUAAUAUGAACCAAAAAUGAAAAUGAUGGGAGAGCUAUUAGAAAUACUAGCCAAAGGGGCUUUAUUACUGAGAAGGGCUGGUGUUAUCAAAUGGCAGUCCUAAGUACUACAGUGAACAUAUUCUUGCUACUAACAUUAGCUGCCUCAAUCACAUCAGAGAUGGGACCUCACAAGCCACAGGCUGAUAAUACAUGUAUGUGAUUGAGAGUAAGACUGACAACAUGGUCAGUGUUUAUGUUUCCAUUUACAUGUUUACAGUCAUAUUUUGCUGAUGCCAUGCUAAGACAAUCAACACUCAUUGCUUUCACUGAAUAGAAAAUACAAUAUUCAUAAGGCAGAUUGAAUUAGUGCUCAGAACACCAUCUUGACUACAAGAAGAGGCCAUACUGAGCUGAUCCAGAGUUACAGAACACCAUCUUGGCUGGAAGAAGAGGCCAUUCGGUGUUGAACCAGUGUUACAGAAUACCAUCUUAGCUAGAACAGACGGUCAUUCGGUGUUGAAGCAGUGUUACUGAACGCCAUUUUAACUACAACGGGAGGCCAUGCUGAGUUGACAAAGUGUCAGAGAACACCAUCUUCACUACAACAGGUGUCCAAGCCGAGCUGAAUCAGUGGCAUGAAACAGACAGAACACCAUAUUGCUAGAACAGGAGGCCAUGGUGAGUUGAACCAGGAGGCCAUGGUGAGUUGAACCAGGAGGCCAUGAGUUGAACCAGGAGGCCAUGGUGAGUUGAACCAGGAGACCACGGUGAGUUGAACCAGGAGGCCAUGGUGAGUUGAACCAGGAGGCCAUGAGUUGAACCAGGAGACCACGGUGAGUUGAACCAGGAGGCCAUGGUGAGUUGAACCAGGAGGCCAUGAGUUGAACCAGGAGGCCAUGGUGAGUUGAACCAGGAGACCACGGUGAGUUGAACCAGGAGGCCAUGGUGAGUUGAACCAUUCUUACAGAAUACCACCACCUUGACCGAAGGAUCCCCAGCCGAGUGCAGCCACACUGAACACCACCUUGCCAGAAGAAUCCAAGACCAGAGAGAGCACUUACAGGCUGUAUGAAUUCCAACUGCUAGACUUUGUCAGUCUCUUGCCUCACUGGGACAAACAUUGGAAAAGGAAGCGACAAUCCACAGCCCUUGGACAGUACUGUCAUACAUCAAGAACUUUGUCACAUCACUUUACAAAGCAUGAACCAGAAUGGAAGUUACCAUUUGCAGUGUUGUACACUCCCCAAAAUUUCGGCCAGACAACUAGUCUGGUAACUCUCAAAAGUUACCAGACCGGCUGGAAAGUUACCAGUCCAGAAUUUUCAGGAUUAAGAUAAAAUAUAGGAGGUAAAUAGGAGGAGGGAACUGUUUAAUGCAAGGUUAUUGUCACAAUAACACGAUUUUAAAUGUUUUUAGUCAUUAUAUACAUUACAAAACUACGCUGAUUCAACAGCCAGACCAUCGGGCGUGCAACUUUUUUAAAAUGACCGUCCGGUAGCAAAACAGACCGUCCCGGACGGUUGGGCAGGCGGGAGUUUGCAACGCUGCCAUUUGAAACUAGCAGCAUAUAGCCAGAAAGUCCUGCUUUCUGAUUGGGUAAUGUCGACUGCACAUGAGCAGUUCAAACAGGUGACAUGUGCAAAAGUCUGACUUAAAUGAGAUUUAAAUUUAUUUGUUUUAUUUGUUUUCACAAAUCUGUCUGUAUUGUAAUUUCACCAGAUGAUUUUUUUGUUUUCACUGAGUCAUUUGUGUUCCGAGAUUCCAGGGUAAUGAGUGGUAUAAACUCUCAUAUCACACGCACAAGGGCCUUCCAUGUUGUUAAUUUGUCUGUACUGCAAGAUACUGAUUACAUACUUGUCUAAGCAACCAAUUCAAGCCAUUUUGAUAAACAUAACUUCGUAUUUCAACAUUUAGUCGAUUCUCAAUGUAUGUUCUAUGAUAACUCUUUUUUAAGAACUGAAACCUUGUAUGAGAUCAAUAUAGUUCAAAGUAACUAUUGAUAUUUUUUUGUAUAGAGUGUAUAUAUAUUUAUGAGUCAAUUAAUUAACUCAAAGCUCAAGUACUUAUUUCAAGAAAGUAUGUAUGUUUAUGCUGCGAUGAAACUCAUUCUUACUAAUCACUACUGCACUGUACAAAUUAUUUCACUUAAUAUUGUUGCACAUUCUGUUUGUUUUGUUUGUUUUUUGUUGUUGUCAUGGUUAUAAUCAGUGAAGGUUGUCUUAUAAAUAUAUUGAUAUUUGCAGGUCAAUUAGAUGAGAAACACAAACACAUACAACCAGAUCUUACAGAAAAUACAAUGUAUUGUUGUUGUCAUAGCAACAAUGGUAGUCCAUAUCAACAGAAUGUCUCUGACUAAUGGAAAUGUGUUAAUUUUGAACACUGACUAAACAAGAUGAAAUCAAAUCUUGAAGUGAGAGGUUUAACUUCUGUUGAGGGGGUGGUGGGGUAGCCUAGUGGUUAAAGCGUUCGCUUGUCAUGCUGAAGACCCGGGUUCAAUUCCCCACAUGGGUACAAUGUGUGAAGCCCAUUUCUGGUGUCCCCCGCCGUGAUAUUGCUGGAAUAUUGCUAAAAGCGGCGUAAAACUGUACUCCUUAUUCAGUCACUAACUUCUGAUGAAAUUUGAAUUUCAGUUUCAGAGUGAUAUAAUCCAAAAUACAUGAUUUAUGGCAGUGAGGUAGAAUUUCAUAGGAAUUGCUGUGUUCCAAGAUCAUUGCCCCUAUAUAGCAAUUGCCCCUAUAUAGCAAUCUGUGUUUCCAACUUUGGCCCCUCCCAGAAUAGAAUGUGUACAUCACAUUUACAGGUCCUCAGUAGAAGUCUCCUUUCAAAAGAAUAUCAUAGACCCAAUUACGAUGUACAGCAACAGACUCCCCUAAAAUGAAAAUAAAGGUUUAGGAAAACUAAAAAAACACAUAUUUUCAGGGGCAGGGGUGGAAAUAACUUUAAAAUUGCCAGUGUAGUGUGGUACAAUGGCACAUGUAAAAUCACUUGCCGUGAUAUACAAAUUCGCUUGCCCAGCAGAAAAAAAACACUGGACUGGGACGUCAGGCAAUGGGUUAUUUCCACACUUGAGGGGGCCAAAGUAAAAAGUCUUUUUGUAUUGUUCUUAAAUAAUUUUACAAGUUCUACCUUGUGUAAUAAAGAUUGAAUCCAAAUGUGUUGCCUGUCCUAUAAGUAUAUUUUUGAUACGAUCAGUUUUUGUGUAGAUAAAGUGACUGGUGUUUACCUCAAUCAUGUUAAAAUAUUGCAUUUUAUGAUGCUGGUUUUGUGUGUAGUAUUUUAAUUUGUUGUACUUUGAAGAUAAAACUAUAUUUUCUUUGUAACUGGCUCAUGUAAAAAUGAUUCACAAUAACGAAAUGUUAUAAGCAGACCAUACUACUAGCACUACAUCUGUAUGCUUCAGUCGGCUAUGAAUAAAUCCUGGUAAAAGGUUUUUUAAAAUCUGCAUAUGGAGAUAUACAUGCUAUUUUUACCAUAUGAGGUUGUGGAUAGGACAUAUCGGAAUACAUUGGAGUAUUGAAAUACUGUAAACAUACUUUUUCUCGCUUGGUGCAAAUGUCGCGGAAUUGACAGACAUCGGGGGGUCAAUUCUUCGCGCCAUCAGUAAUUGCAAUGAAAACAACCAGAGUGACUUAACCUGUCAGGCGGCGUGUAUUGCUUACUCACAGGAAAUCCCUACCUGCGUGAUAUAUACAGUGAUACGUUUACUCACGGAAGUAUUAAGUACUUAGGAAGUGAGAUAUUGUGAUGCAAAUAUAAAGAGAUGAAAAACACAUCAGUCUUAUGUUCCGAAUUCUGACGAUCAUUGCAAAAUUGACUAUCAAGGAAAUGAACUUCUACUGUAUAUGAAGCUUUUUGUGAUUUCAUUUCGUGAUAUGCC